CCUUUUUCUCUCUCCUUCACUUUGAGUCAACUCCCAUUUCUUCUCUCCUCCCCUAUAUAAACUAGACAGAAUCCCCCCUGCAUAACAUAAUAUCCAUCAUUGUCACAAAAAAAGGAACCCUCCACAAAACCUAAAAAAAGAAGAGACACAAAUCACAAUCAUCAUGGACGACGAUACAUUCUACUAUUCUCUAGACACCGAUCUAGAUUCAAGUUUCACGUCCACCAUAACAGAUAGAACCUUCGCCUCAUCUAGUGCGCGCAGCAGCUUAGCGCGUAGUAGCCUGACACUUAGCUUCAACGAGCGCAUUUCCACCACAUCAGGCCCAACAUACAAACAUCACAACAAUACAAUCAUUCGUCCACACAGACGAGAAGACCCACACUGGUCUGCUAUUCGUGCCGCAACCAAUCUAUCACAAGACAACCGCAUCCAUCUCCGUCAUCUUAAGUUGAUGAGCCACCUCGGUGCUGGUAACCUCGGCAAAGUCUUCUUAUGCCGUAUAAGAGACUACCAUCAUUCUAGCCCUAAUUCUCAUUUUGCUCUUAAAGUUGUUGAUAAAGAUUCUCUAUCUCCUAAAAAACUCUCUCAUGUUCAAACUGAAGCAGAGAUUUUAUCUUUGCUUGAUCAUCCUUUUCUCCCUACACUCUACGCUCACAUUGAAGUAUCACAUUACACAUGUCUUUUGAUUGAUUAUUGCUCUGGUGGGGACCUCCAUUCUCUUCUCAGAAAACAGCCGAGUAACCGGUUACCUGUUCAGGCAGUCAAGUUUUAUGCUGCUGAGGUUUUAGUUGCGUUGGAGUAUCUUCAUUCUUUGGGGAUUGUUUACCGUGAUCUAAAACCGGAAAAUAUUCUUCUUAGAGAAGAUGGGCAUAUUAUGUUAUCUGAUUUUGAUCUUUGCUUUAAAUCUGAUGUUACACCAAAGAUUGAGAUUUUUGAUGAUGAUUACGAUCGGAUGUCGAAGAUUAAAUCAAGGAGAAGAAGAGAUCGGGUGGUUGGGGAGUUUGUAGCGGAGCCCACAACGGCUUUCUCGAAGUCAUGUGUUGGGACCCACGAGUAUUUAGCUCCUGAGUUAGUUAGCGGUAACGGUCACGGUAACGGCGUUGACUGGUGGGGGUUUGGGGUGUUGAUUUAUGAGUUGUUGUUUGGGACAACACCGUUUAAAGGCGUUAACAAGGAGGCGACGCUAAGAAAUAUAGCAUCGUCUCGGGAUAUGAGAUUUUGCCACGUGGAGGAGAGAGAGUUUGAAGAUGAUAAGGAGCUGGGUUUGGCGAAGGAUUUAAUUGAGAAAUUGUUGAUCAAGGACCCACGUAAGAGGAUGGGGUCCAUAAGAGGGGCGACAGAGAUUAAGAAACAUCCGUUUUUUAACGGCGUUAAGUGGGCGUUGAUCCGGAGUUACCGGCCACCGGAAGUGCGUGGAGGGCUCGUGAGGAAGAGUAAGAGUCACGUGAGUGGGAUCCAUAAUAGGCGGAAGUGGUGGUGGAGAGGAUUAAAUCAUUUCUUGAGGAAAAAUAAAGGGUCAAAGGUUUCACACAAUAAUAGUAGUAAUACUUGUGCUUCUGUUCAUAAUAUCAGUAACAUGAUUAGUAGUCGUAGAGUUGUUUGAUCAUUUUGGUCCCUUUUUUUUAGCUUUCAUGUUUUGAUAGAUUUGAGUGGAAGAGAUAUUGAGGAUCUGUAUAGAGAUAUAGAAGUAAGAUAUUUCAUCAAUUUUGUGGGUUUCUAUAUAGUAUACUUGUAGUUUUACAGUAGUUUGACGGGUACAUCUUAUGUUGAUGUGUAUGAUAUACAAAAAAUUUGAACAAGUUGAAAAAAAGUUUUAACUUUUUUCAUAUAUUUUCUAA